AUGACUCCCACGGUCGUCUCUCCAACACAGGCGGUGCCAAAUAUGACGCCCGACUACGAGGUCAGGGUCUUACUUAACCCGACCAAGGUCCUCAGCUCUGAACAUGAGCUAACAAAAACCGUCCUAUCGACUUUUGAUAUGGACCCCCCGACCAUCACCAAGAUAAAUGUCCAGUUCCUCGACACGUGCUCCAAGGAUAUCUAUACAGCCGGCUGGAGCCCCCGCAUACGCAAGACCGAAAACGAGGACGAGUUUGAGCUGACGUAUAAGAAGCGGUAUGCUAUCACGGGUGGCGACAUUGACGCUGCUCUUACUACAGCUAAUACCGAUGGUUUCGACCACGGCGACAAGAAAUAUAAGGCGCAAGUCGAAUGGGGAUACCGCAAGCAAACACUUUCUAUCAGCCGCAAGAAAACGAUAGUGGAUUCUGGGAAUAGCGGAACGGACUUGCCAGGAACAAGCAAGUCGCGUAAAAUGUUGAUCGACGAAGCGCCGGACAAGUUCGACAACUGGUAUCACAAAAAAUGGGGCACUAGCGCGUUAAAAAUAUCACGCAUUUUUGGUCCGGUCCUCGUCAAGCGCUCCGUUGGCAAGUGGAACGGGAUGCCGCUAUAUAUCGAGGUCUGGCCCAUCCUAAAGUCUGAAGGUACGGGCAUUGAGUACAUCAUUGAGGCUUCUUUCAAGACAGAGAACCGCACGACAGCCUCGGCCGAGCUGCACAACUUAGUCGCCAAAUUGAAGAGCGAGGAUUGGUUUCUCCCAGAGGACUCGCUAAAGACGCAGCUUAUUAUGGAGCGCUACUGA